ACCACCCUCUAUAAAAACAUCCCCCCCCCCCUUCAAAUUUGCAAAAUGUCCACUUCCCUUUGAAUUUAUCUGCUCUAAAAUAAGUCCACCAGUGCAUUUAAUCUAAUGUCAAGUACCACUGUACCCUUUCAUAUUCAUUUUAUAAUACAAAAUCUGCUUAAAGUCCACUCAAAAGAUCACAAAUUCCAGAAACUACCCUUUACCCUGUGCUGCUCUCUUCUAUCUCCUUAAUUUUGAUCAAUCAAUCAUUAAGUGGAAAGUUUUAAACCACCCAACAUCAAAACUAAAGGUGGGGAGACCCCAACAAAGUUGGAAAUUUAGAAUAUAUUGUAUAGGUCAUGCUAACGAUAACGGUAGACAUAUGAACAAUGGGUUUAUGUAAUGGGGUUUAGUGUAUGAUUUAGUGAACUUAAAUAUCUUUUCUGGGUUGGAGCUAGUAGUGUUUCUUGUUCAAGAAAAAAGGGUAAUUGCUGUGAUAGGUAGUAAGGAGAGCGAAGAUGGCAGCGACUCUGGCUGCUGCUGAUGACACGGCAAUGAGCCGGCGCACAAUGAGUAGAAGUAGAGUGUCUAGUAUAAGAUCAAUCAGUUCGAGGAGACUGGCGUCUGAGACGCUUAGGGAGAUCUUUGCCUCACCAGGGGGAGAUGUGUUCCAGAGAAGUGUUAGGGAGAAUGAUGAUGAAGAAGAGCUCAAGUGGGCAGCCAUCGACCGGCUUCCUACGUACGACAGGUUGAGGAAAGGAAUCUUGAGGCAGACUUUGGACAACGGGAAGGUUGUGAGCCAUGGAAUUGAUGUCCACAAUCUUGGGGUGGAAGACAAGAAGCGCCUCUUGGAAAGCAUUUUGAAAGCCGUGGAAGAUGACAACGAGAGGUUCCUUAGAAGACAAAGAGAACGGACUGAUAGGGUAGGAAUUGAUAUUCCAAAAAUUGAAGUGCGAUACGAAGGUCUAUCCAUUGAAGGAGAUGCAUACGUUGGAUCCAGGGCAUUGCCUACUUUGUUCAAUGCUACUGUAAAUGUGAUAGAGAGUUUUCUAGAAAAGAUACGGGUUUUCCCAUCAAAGAAAAGAGCAGUUCAGAUACUCCGGGGCAUGAAUGGAAUCAUAAAACCUUCAAGGAUGACACUACUUCUUGGGCCUCCCGGCUCGGGUAAGACUACAUUCUUAAAGGCACUUGCAGGAGAAUUGGACAAGGAUCUUAGGGUUGAGGGGAAGAUCACAUAUUGCGGUCAUGAGAUGUCCGAAUUCAUUCCUCAAAGGACAUGUGCUUAUAUAAGCCAACAUGACCUCCAUCACGGGGAGAUGACAGUGAGAGAGACACUUGACUUUGCUGGACGUGCUCUCGGAGUGGGAACCAGAUAUGAACUUCUCACGGAGCUGUCAAGGCGCGAAAGGGACUCAGGGAUUAAACCCGAUCCUGACAUUGAUGCAUUCAUGAAGGCCACUGCCAUUGCAGACCAAGAAUCUAGUCUAGUCACAGACUAUGUUCUUAAGAUACUUGGUUUGGAUAUAUGUGCUGAUAUAAUGGUGGGGAAUGAGAUGAUGAGAGGUAUAUCUGGAGGACAGAAGAAGCGUGUGACUACAGGAGAAAUGUUGGUUGGUCCAGCCAAAGUAUUUUUCAUGGAUGAGAUCUCUACCGGCCUCGACAGCUCCACCACAUUCCAAAUUGUCAAAUACAUGAGGCAAAUGGUCCAUAUAAUGGACGUGACGAUGGUCAUCUCUCUCCUCCAACCAGCACCAGAAGCAUUCGAGCUUUUCGAUGACAUCAUUUUGCUCUCCGAGGGACAAAUCGUCUAUCACGGCCCACGCGACAAUGCUGUUGAGUUCUUCGAGAGCGUGGGAUUCAAAUGCCCAGAAAGGAAAGGAGUUGCUGACUUUCUGCAAGAAGUUACCUCUCUCAAGGACCAAGAACAGUUUUGGUUUCGAAAAAACGAACCUUACCAUUUCAUCUCAGUCCCCGAAUUCGCAGACCGGUUUAACAACUUUCAUGUAGGACAAAAGCUAUAUGAUGACCUUUCAGUGCCCUACGAAAGGACCAAAACCCACCCUGCAGCACUGGAAACCGAGAAGUAUGGCAUUUCCAACAUGGGACUCUUCAAGGCAUGCUUGUCUAGGGAAUGUCUAUUGAUGAGACGCAAUUCUUUCUUGUACAUAUUCAAGACUUUCCAAAUCACUGUGAUGUCGAUAAUCGCUUUCACGGUGUUCUUUAGGACAGAGAUGAAAUCUGGGACAGUUCAAGAUGGGGGAAAGUUUUACGGGGCACUGUUUUUCAGUCUCCUUAAUGUGAUGUUCAACGGCACUGCGGAGCUCGCACUGACAGUCUCCAGACUUCCUGUCUUCUUUAAACAGAGAGAUUCCCUGUUUUUCCCUGCUUGGGCUUUUGCUCUCCCUAUUUGGCUUACGAAAAUCCCCCUCUCAUUUAUGGAGUCACUCAUUUGGAUUUCUCUUACUUACUACACCAUUGGUUUUGCUCCCUCUGCUAGUAGGGUUUUCCGUCAAUUCUUGGCAUUCUUUUCUCUGCACCAGAUGGCCUUGUCGCUCUUCCGUUUCAUUGCUGCACUUGGAAGAUCACAAGUUGUUGCAAGCACUUAUGCUACUUUUGCUUUGCUGAUAGUGUUUGUUCUUGGCGGUUUUAUUGUUGCUAAAGAUGACCUCAAACCAUGGAUAAGAUGGGGAUAUUACAUGUCCCCCAUGUCUUAUGGACAAAACGCCUUGGCCAUCAAUGAGUUUCUUGACAAAAGAUGGAGCAAUCCCAUUAGUGAUCCAAGGAUCAGUGAAAAUACAGUCGGAACGUUACUUCUUAAGUCGAGGGGGAUGUAUGUAGAUGACUACAUGUAUUGGGUGUGCGUAAUCGCCCUUUUAGGAUUUUCACUGCUCUUCAAUGUGUGCUUUGUCAUUGCACUGACAUACUUAAACCCCUUUGGAGAUCCGAAAUCCGUUGUUUCUGACAUGAAAAACACCAAUGGUAAGAAGAAAGGGUCAAAUCCAUAUAGUAAAGUAGCAACGGACGGGAGCUCCGCAGCAUCUACACUUCCAAUCUCUAAGGGUAUUGAUGUGGGAAUGAGACACUCUGGACAAAGCUCCAGGGUUGAACACAAUGCGCGCAAGAACAAAGGGAUGGUACUUCCUUUCCAACCGCUAUCUCUUGCAUUCAACCAUAUCAAUUACUAUGUCGAUAUGCCACCUGAAAUGCAAAAACAAGGAAUCGAAGAGACGCGACUCCAACUGUUGAGAGACGUGAGUGGCUCUUUCAGGCCAGGGGUUCUCACAGCUCUGGUUGGUGUAAGUGGAGCUGGGAAGACCACACUGAUGGAUGUCUUAGCCGGAAGAAAAACAGGCGGCUAUAUUGAGGGGAACCUCAGCGUUUCUGGUUUUCCCAAGAAUCAAUCCACAUUUGCUAGGAUAAGCGGUUACUGUGAACAAAAUGACAUUCACUCUCCACAUGUUACAGUUCACGAGUCUCUUGUAUACUCUGCCUGGUUGCGUCUCUCUCCAGAUGUGAACAAGGAAAAACGAAAGAUGUUCAUUGAGGAAGUGAUGGAGUUGGUGGAGUUGAAUCCCUUGAGAGAUUCUCUAGUUGGACUUCCGGGCGUGGACGGUCUCUCGACAGAGCAGAGAAAGAGGCUGACAAUAGCAGUAGAACUAGUUGCUAACCCAUCCAUCAUCUUCAUGGAUGAACCCACAUCAGGUCUAGAUGCUAGAGCCGCUGCAAUCGUGAUGCGAACCGUGCGAAACACCGUGGACACGGGUCGCACUGUUGUUUGUACAAUACACCAACCCAGCAUAGACAUCUUUGAAGCAUUUGAUGAGCUAUUGCUAAUGAAAAGGGGAGGGCAAGUAAUCUACGCCGGGCCUCUUGGUCACCACUCUUGCCUGUUGAUACAAUACUUUGAGUCUAUACUAGGGGUUACUAAAAUCAAAGAGGGACAAAAUCCGGCAACCUGGAUGCUGGAGAUCAGUGCUCCUACAGUUGAGGCUCAACUUGACAUUGAUUUUUCAGACGUUUAUGCCAAUUCUGACCUCUACCGGAGGAAUCAAGAUCUCGUUGAACAGUUGAGCACUCCAGCGCGAGGUUCCGAAGACCUCCACUUCCCUACAGAAUAUGCCCAGCCUUUCAUUGCUCAAUGCAAAGCCUGCUUUUGGAAGAUGAACCUGUCCUAUUGGAGGAACCCACAGUACAACGCGAUCCGUUUUUUCCUGACGGUUGUAAUAGGGAUUAUAUUUGGUGUCAUUUUCUGGAAAAAAGGGAAUAAAAUGUCAAAACAACAAGACCUGAUGAAUCUUAUGGGAGCUAUGUACGCUGCUGUCAUGUUCCUCGGAGGCACAAAUACUUCUGCCGUGCAAUCUGUCGUAUCCGUAGAGAGGACAGUUUUCUAUAGAGAAAAAGCAGCCGGGAUGUAUUCUCCAUUGCCCUAUGCAUUUGCUCAGGUGGCCAUAGAGGUCGUCUACAUUGCAAUACAGACAUUCAUCUACAGCCUUGUACUCUACUCGAUGAUCGGGUUCCAAUGGGAAGCUCACCGCUUCUUUUGGUUCUACUACUACGUCUUCAUGUGCUUCGUCUACUUCACAAUGUACGGGAUGAUGCUUGUGGCACUCACCCCACACUACAUGAUCGCCGCCAUUGUCAUGUCGUUCUUCCUCAGCUUUUGGAAUCUCUUCUCGGGCUUCCUCAUUCCGAGAACGCAAAUCCCGGUGUGGUGGAGGUGGUACUACUGGGGCUCUCCCGUGGCGUGGACGAUAUACGGUCUAAUUACGUCGCAGGUAGGCGACAGAACGGAUACGGUGGCAAUCCCGGGCGGUGUUGACAUGAGGGUCAAGGAUUAUCUCAAAGACGGGUUGGGGUAUGACUAUGACUUCCUAGGAGUUGUUGCAGCAGCUCAUGUUGGCUGGGCUAUCCUAUUCUGCUUUGAAACUGAGGAGGAAAUUAAUGUUGGUCCUAUUCCUGACAUUGUUCCCGUGCUCGUUGCUAAUGUUGUUCUUUCAAACGAUGUUGAUAGGGACGACUCUCAUCGCGACCAAUAUCUUCAGGAUAUUCGGACGGGGAAGAUCAUUGGGCGUGGUUCUGAGCGUAAUGGACUGCACUAUGUUGAUGAAGUUGAUUACUACGGAACGGCUAUGCUUGCUCAUGGGACAGUGGACAGGCAGGCAUGGCUGUGGCACCGUCGUUUGGGGCAUCCAUCUUGGGGGAGAAUAGCUACCCAAACUGAAACAACAACAACAAGCAGCCAGAGAGCCCCUUCCGAUGCUCUAUCUCUCUUUUUCUUUGAACCCGAUGACGACGACGACGACAAACGGCGGAUUGCUACUUCUGGCAGUGGCAGCCCGCUCGUCGUCAGCAAAGGGUUCCCUCCGAACGACGAAGGAGGGAACCCUUUGAGGAGACACGGCGGGACGGGCCCGCUGAAACCGUUGUUGCUCAAGUUCAGGCUCUUGAGGUUCGGGAUCAGGAGGUCGAGACCGGGCGGGAUGGGCCCCGUCAGGAAGUUGUUCUCGAGAUGUAGCACCUCGAGCGCAUCCAGUCUUCCUAUCGUUGUGUUUUCGGGUAAAGGCCCGCAGAGCCCGAAGCCGGGUAGUUGGAGUCGGACGACCCGGCUUCGGUCUGAACUGCAGGUCACCCCGGGCCAAGAGCUGCAAAUCGAGUCGUCGUCGUCGUCGGAGGGGUCCCACCCCAGUCCAUGAGGAACAGCAAACUUGAGAAGGGCUUGUUUGUCUGUGUCCAGAUUCGAUGUAACUACUGCUGCUUCUUCUUCUUGGAGGAGAAGAAAUGAGAGGAUAAGAA